AUGACUUCCAAAGAAGAACCCAAGCCCUCCUCGGGGGAAGAACGGCGGCGGAGCCCCUUGGAUCACCUCCCGCCGCCGGCCAACUCCAACAAGCCCCUCACCCCCUUCAGCAUCGAGGACAUCCUCAACAAGCCCUCGGUGCGGAGGAGUUACACGCUCUGCGGAACGGCCCACCUCCUCUCCGCCGCCGAAAAGCACACCCCGGCCGGGCUGCCGCUCUCCGGCCGGGCGCUGCUCUCUCAAACCUCCCCUCUCUGCGCCCUGGAAGAGCUGGCCAGCAAGACCUUCAAGGGGCUGGAAGUCAGCGUACUGCAGGCGGCCGAAGGCAGGGACGGGAUGACGAUCUUCGGGCAGAGACAAACGCCCAAGAAGCGUCGAAAGUCGCGGACGGCCUUCACCAACCACCAGAUCUACGAGCUGGAGAAGCGGUUCCUCUACCAAAAAUACCUGUCGCCGGCGGACCGGGACCAGAUUGCCCAGCAGCUGGGGCUCACCAACGCCCAGGUCAUCACCUGGUUCCAGAACCGCCGCGCCAAGCUCAAGCGAGACCUGGAGGAGAUGAAGGCCGAUGUGGAAUCGGCCAAAAAGCUGGGCCCCAACCCCGCCGUGGACAUCGUGGCCUUGGCCGAGCUGGAGCCCAGCUCCGAGGGAAGGGGCAAGGCGCGGGCCGGUUCCCCGCCACCACCCCCUGCCGCCGCCCGGGAGCCCGGUGCCCCUCCGCCGCCCCGCCCCACCUCGCCCCCCACGGAGCGGCCCCGCAGCCGCCGGGACAGCGAGGAGGAGGAGGACGAGGAGGAGGAGGACGUGGAGAUCGACGUGGAUGACUGA